ACAGUAAAGUAAAAAGGGGGUGUGCCGAGCUCUUCAAGCAAGUACGACGUACGAGAGCAGCGAGAACAUUAAAUUGUGUCAAUGCGCGUCCGAACAGAGGUCGAAGUGUCCCGAAUUUCAAGUGUCCAAGGGUAACGAUGGCUUCCUGCGGACUGCUGCGGCUCGCGCCGUCCUUGCGACCAACCAGCCGGUCCAUCAGACCUGCGGUGCCAGCAGGUCGGUGGGUCGUUCGCUGCCUGUCCGGCAAGGCAACCACCAGGGACACCCUCAACGAGUCUUACCAGAAAACUAAAGACUUGUGUCUCUCUAAAAAACUGCCUAGAGACGUAAAGCCCGAAGCUGUUUUCGCCUGCAACGAGCUUGACCUCAGUGAGGUCAAGGUCUACGGUUUUGACUAUGACUACACUUUAGCCUGUUACAAACCUUCCCUGGACGACCUCCUCUAUGAUCUAGGAAAGGCAAAUCUCAUCAAUAAAUUUAAGUAUCCGAAAGAGAUCUCAAAUUUGAAGUACAUCCCGAAUUUCGCCGUCCGGGGUCUCCAUUAUGACAUAGAAAAGGGACUUCUUCUCAAACUGGACUCGUUUUUACAAAUCCAGUUAGGCUCCGUGUACCGCGGGUUGUCUCCGGUCUCGGACGAGGAGGUCCUGGAUUUGUACAAGAACAGGAUCAUCCCAAUUGCGUACGUCGAAGGAACAAGAAACUCUACUCAGAAAAAUCCAAACUCGCUUGAGAUGCUGGAUAACAUUUUCAAUACGAUGGGCUCGAAGGCAAAAAUGGUGCAGCUGGCUGACCUUUUCUCCGUUCCUGAGAUGUUGCUUCUCUGCCAGGUGGCUGAAUAUUUCAAGACCCACAGCAUCGACUACCACCCAGAAAUACUUUUCCAUGACGUUAAGACUGCUGUGCAAGGCGCCCACCCUAUCAUGCACAGGGUUGUGGCUGACAACGUAGCACAGUAUUUGGAACACAACCCAAAUAUUCGGGAUUACUUCCAAUAUCUGGCGGCGCAUGACAAGAAGCUCUUCCUCGUCACCAACAGUCCUUUUCAUUUUGUUGAUAAGGGCAUGAGUUACAUUGUGGGCGCCGACUGGCAGACCUUCUUCGAUGUCAUCAUAGUUCAGGCUCGGAAACCCAAAUUUUUCACCGAUGAGUCCAGACCGAUCCGUUUGUACGAUACAGGCAGCAAGACGCAGCUUUGGGACCGAGUGACAAGACUGGAAAAGGGUCAAAUUUAUUAUGAGGGCACCAUAAAGCAGCUGCAGGACAUGACAGGUUGGAAUGGGCAUCAGGUUUUGUACUUUGGUGACCACCCUUACAGUGACCUGGCAGAUGUGACUUUGCAGCACGGAUGGCGCACAGGAGCCAUAAUCAGCGAACUUGCACACGAGAUCAAAACUUUGAACGACAUAAAUUUCAAAAGAGAUGUCAACUGGCUGCAAAUGUUGACGCAGCUUAUUGAAGACUGUCAAGACGAUAGUGGAGCGAAUGUUCAAGAGGUGCUGCAGAAGUGGAUGGACGAAAGAGAUGAUGUUAGUCAGAGAACCAAAAUGGUGUUCAACCCCCAGUUUGGCAGCGUCUUCCGAACUUUCCAGAAUCCCAGCUAUUUUUCCCGAAGGCUCUUCCGUUUUGCUGACAUUUACACAUCCAACAUCAGCAACCUGAUGCAUUACUCUGUAUCACACACUUUCUACCCCCGCCGAGGUGUGAUGCCCCACGAGUACACCUCAUAUUUUGUCUAAUCAAUUUUUAGACUGCUUUUUUGUCAUUUUUUUGUGUGGCCAUAUUUAAUACACUUGAGUGUUUCCGUAAUUAAUCAAAAGCGUCAUUUGCGCCCCCAAAGAUAUCAGUUGUACAAGAAUCAAUGUGAAUCAAGGAUAAUAUAUUUGCCUUAGGUAGUACAAUAAUGUGGUUGUUGCUAGUUUUUAAAUUCAAACCAAAUCAGUUGCAUUUGGUUGUAAUCAAAGUCCAUUGUAGACAAAUUGAUUUGUGACAUUUUUACUCACAAAAAUGGAUAUUUUGUAGUUCCUUUUAGCUGCUCAGCUGUUCUUAUUAACAACGAUCUAAUUGGAUAAAAACAUGAGGUGUAAUAAAAUUAUAAAUAAAAAUAUAUGUGACAAAAUUCAG